AAAACACCGUUAAUACAUCAGGAGUUGCAGUGAAAAUAUGUGGGUCGAAGGAAAAGAGAAAAUUAAGAUAAUUUUAAGCCAGGACCUGCAAAAAACCCAUAGGGUUCAUGAAUUCAAUAAUGCUGAGUAUAAAAUUAUAAGAUGCCGAAAGGAUUUAAAGUGUCAUUAAAAAUGCUGAAACUUAAAAAGUGGACAUAUUCCUGGGAAAUUAGACCAAACGUAUAGCCAUGGCGAGCCGACUGCUGCACUGCAUCUUCUUUCUAAUUCUUGUUAGCUUGACAGUCUUCUCGUAUUUUUCCAAAUCAAGGGCGAUGAUAAAAGAUAACUACCUUAAGAUUUCUGAGCCCAAUUCAGGCGAUUUAAUUAUGAGUCAUAUAGGGCUGCAUAAUUCUGCAGCGCCAGAAGUGAUUCUCAGGAAGGAAACUUUCGAAAACUCUAACGGAAACAGCAGUGACAGCAGCAAUGAUAUGACCAUUUCUAAUAAUCUAAAUGUCAAAGCCAAAGAUUUAAUUUCCCUAAUCAGAAGCAGGAGAGUCGACAAGAAUACGAAGCAGAAUAGCAAUAAAGGGCAGAAUGGUUUUACAAAAAGGUUAACAGAUUCCAAAAGUAUUUUGGCGAAAAAAUCAAUGGGGUUGUUAUCAAUAGAAACCGAUGUUCCCGUCCGAAUGCCUAUAGUAAGAACUAUCUACCAGCCCGGUCACCUCAACAAUGAGAUUGACGUGGAAAGAAUAUGUUCUCGGGGAGGAUUAUUCACAAAGUUGUUGGUUUUAAUCACCUCAGCACCACGUAAUGAGGCAGCCAGGAUGUCCAUUCGCCAAACUUGGAUGCACUACGGAAGCAGGAGAGACGUGGGAAUAGCAUUCGUCUUGGGGCAAAGCACCAACAGGGUGGCUAACAAGGCCAUCGACUUGGAGGAUUUUAUGUACCGAGAUAUGAUAAGGGGUCACUUUAUAGACUCUUACAAUAAUCUCACUCUGAAGACCAUUUCUUUGCUGGAGUGGGCGGAUCUUCAUUGUCCAAAGGCCAAUUACGUCUUGAAGACGGACGAUGACAUGUUCAUUAAUGUGCCCAAGCUAAUAACCUUUAUAAACACGCUAAAAGCCAAUCGCACAAUUUAUGGACGCCGGGCUGAGCAUUGGAAACCCAUUCGAAAUAAGUGGUCAAAAUAUCACAUACCCGUUUCUCAGUAUGGAAGGGCCACCUUUCCCUACUUCACCACUGGACCCGCCUACUUGCUCACCGGUGAUAUUGUACACGCUCUGUAUAUUCGAUCGCUAAAUACACCCUUUAUAAAGCUGGAGGACGUCUUCACCACAGGGAUCGUUGCAGAAAGUCUGAACAUUCCGCGGAUUAAUGUUCGCGAGAUCGCCAACACCCGCACAAAGUUCGAGGCUUGUCACAUUCGCAACAGGAUUACCAUUCACAUGGUUAGAAGCAAUGAACAGUUUGACCUAUGGAAAAAAUUACUGGACCAUACUAUUAAGUGCAUCGGAUAACAGCCGUCUUAUAAGC